GUUUUUCUUAUAAAGAAUUUCUUAAUGACGUUAAUAAUGAUGACCUUAUGGAAACAUUUCAAACACAUUUACCUUUUUUUCUUAGUAAUAAUGAUGACCUUAUAGAAACUUUUCAAACACAUUUACCUUUUCUUUUUAGUAAUAUCAAUAAUGAUAACCUUGUAGAAACGUCUCAAACACACUUACAACUUUUUUCUAACAAAGCUAAAACAGUAGAAUAUGAUGAUACCUUUAAGGAACAAGUUUAUAGUCAAAAUUUAAACAUAGAAUCUCCUCAAGGAAGUAUAGACAUAGAAUUCUCUCAAAGUAUGAAUAUAGAGUCUCAAGAAAUUAUGGAUAAAGGACCUCAGGAAAGUAUGAAUGUAGGACCUCAAGAAAAUAUGAACAUAGGACUUCAAGAAAAUACGAAUGUAGGACCUCAAGAAUGUAUAGGCGUAGAAUUACAAAGAACUAUAGACAUAGAAUCUCUUCAAGAAAAUAUUCAACCAAAUUUGUAUAAGACUGUAGAAAUAGUAACACAACUUAAACAAGUUGAUAGUAAUAACACGAUAAAAGUUAGAUAUGUAUAUGGCUUUGGAAAGAUGAAAGCAGCACUUAAUUUAGCACUUAAGAUAGGUUGUGAAGACGAGCUUCUUGAUAUGAUAAUUGGUUUUAUUGAUCGGAAGAAAAGUAAUGCUAGUAUUGUGAACGAUGAGAAUUAUGAAGAUUUGCAUAUUUCGGAUCCUUUGGUUCUAAAACGACAUGGACGUCAGCUGAGUAAAUGUAUCAAGUCAUCAACGGAGAAUAAUAAAUCACAGCAUAUUAGUACCAGAAAUAGUGCAAUUAAUCCAGUUGAUCCAAAUUUACAUAUACAUAAAGAAGUUGAUAAAAGUACCACACUGAGAGCUCUAUUUAAUACUCUUAACAGCAAUUAUACUGAGAUUGACAAUAAUAUUUCUACUGGAGCAUCUCAAAGCAUGAAGGAAAAUAUUACUAAGCAAAAGUAA